UCAACUCUUUUAUUUGUAACGCAAAGGCAUAGCCUUUUGCUCUUCUCCCUGUUUAGUUGUCUCUCCUUUCUCUCACUUCUACUUCACUCUUUCUCUCUCUACUGCAGAAAUUUUGUUUGAUAUGGAAUUGUGAUUGUAAAGGGGGUGUGUGUGUGUUGUGUGUUUAGUAAAUGGGUUCAUGUGUUUCAGUGCACAAAGACUCUGAAUCAGCCAUGAAAAUUCGUCUUGUUUUUGGUUCUUCCAAAACUGACAAGCUUGUCACUCCUUCACCUCUCAACAAAAAUGAUACCAAAGUCUCUGAUCUUCAACUCAAAUCUCAAACUCCUGCUGUUACUACUUUUCCUGACUUUGGUAGCAAGGAGGAGACCUUCUUUGAUUCCCAGCCUUGGUUGGAUUCAGAUUGUGAAGAUGACUUCUUAAGCGUGAAUGGAGAUUUUACGCCAUCCCGUGGAAAUACACCUGUUCAUCACUUAGCUAGAAAUUUAACAGGGAACAGAACCCCUGCUUAUUUUCAGCAAUCAUCCCCAACGGAUAAAAAGAAGAGAUUAUCUGAACUUUUCAAAGAAAGCUUGAGAAGCGAUCAGGACCAAAAUGGGCAAAAUGCUGAAGAAAAACAAAAUGGUACAAAUACUAAAAAAGAAACUGCGUCAACUGGUGCUCAACUUCCUCCAAGAUCCACACCUGGGACACCUUAUGCGUCUGUGUGUAGUAGCGAAAGAACACCCAGUGGACUGUUAAAAUCUGACGUCAAAACGUCAAAGUCAGCACAAUGUUGUCUUCCAAGGUUGCUCUCAAGUCGUAGCUUUAACGGAAGGAGGAGUAGAAUGAGUCCUGCGCGUAAUGUUGGCUGAUGGCAAAUGCUGUCUUUCUUAAGGUAUGUGUAUAUGUGCAUGUUCAUCAGGAAUUCUGAGACUUUAAGGUAUAGAAUGUGACCAUUAAUGGUCAGUAAAACUUAAUGGCCAUGAGAUUUCGGCACGAAUACACAGAUAUGUAGAGUUAUGGUAUGUUCAUUCUAGAAUUUGGCUCUUGUCUGUAUAAAGAUAUAGAAGAACAGCUUUGUCAAUCAAUCAACCAGUAGUUUACUUUCAUGUUUA